AUGGCCGAGCAAACAAUGCACUUCGCUGCCCUGCGUCUCCAUCACCUGAAUCAAUUAGCAGAGUGUAAAUGGAUUGAUUGGGAUGACCAGAAGCCGCGCGAGAACUUCGUGCCCGACCUAUAUAUGCGACCCGAUGCCACACUGGAGCAGAAGGCAAGCAUAAUGGCGCUUACUGCCUCGUCCACUUCCUCCUCUCAGCUGACACAGGAACUGGACCCGUAUGACCCUAUCGGCGAGUUCAUACUGCGAUUGUUUGGCCGGUCGUCAACGUCGUGGGUUUUCAUUCCUACUUGGAGAUAUCCGCGUCCGUAUCUGCCAGUCACACCACUUGUCGUCGUCGUACGUGGUGAGACCGACUCAGAUGAAGACGUCAAGUCUGCCGAAGCGGAGACACUGGGCGCCCUACACUGGACGCUCACGACAUGCGUCGUCCAUCAUUAUCGCCAGCAAGGCUGGGAUCUAGACCGCCAAUUGAGCGACGCGGAUGCUGCAGUGCAGUUGGACGACGCGCUCUGCGCGUACAGCGUAUACUACAACGAGUGGAGGUUCAUCAUCUGCGCUCAUCACCCCAAACUCGAACGGGAUGCACAAGGGCGGCACGUCUGGCGAUUUAGGCGGUGCCCUAUGUUCGACUACGCGGUGUCCAUGCCUUUGGACGCGAAUCCGGCUCAGGAGUUCCGCAUCAUCAGUACCAUGCUCGCAGUCGAACAACAGAUGUACGCACUCGGCCAAUUACUUCGUCCAGAGGGUUCUGGCGCGGAUACGAAUAUCUCUCCAUGUAGCUAG